CUGGGAUUAGGGCCUGUGAGGCUGGCACCCAGCCCUGGCCAGGUGUGCGGAACACGACCAGGUGCACGGUCGCCCCGCCCCGGGCCCCGGGAGUCCUGCGUAAUGGCUGAGGGCUCGGGGUGCAGGCGGCUGCGUCCCAGAGAAUGCCCUGAGGACAGUCACGCUACCAGAUGUCCCACUCCCCUGGGACGAUCGGCGGGGACCCCGGGCGGGCGGCAGGUGCUGACACUGGAGCCGCGCCGGGGGACGCACCGUCUUGGGACAGAUGGGCCCCACGGCGUGGGCACCGGCUAUCGCCUGCGGAUGAUGAGUUGUAUCAGCGGACGCACAUCUCUCUGCUGCAACGCGAGUCCCCUCACACCAUGUACAUCGACAGCUACAACAGCCGCGGCUUCACGGUCAACGGAAAUCGUGUGCUCGGGCCCUGCGCUCUGCUCCCGCACUCGGUGGUGCAGUGGAAUGUGGGAUCUCACCAGGACAUCACUGAAGAGAGCUUCUCACUCUUCUGGAUGCUAGAGCCCCGGAUAGAGAUUGUUGUGGUGGGCACUGGAGACCGGACUGAGCGGCUGCAAUCCCAGGUGCUGCAAGCCAUGAGGCAGCGGGGUAUCGCUGUGGAAGUCCAGGACACGCCCAAUGCCUGUGCCACCUUCAACUUCCUGUGUCAUGAAGGCCGAGUGACAGGAGCUGCUCUCAUCCCCCCACCUGGAGAGACUUCACUCACAUCUCUAGGCCAAGCUGCAGAAUGAACCACUAGGAACUGACCUGCUGUCCAGGAGAGCCCUGACACUUUGCAGAUUGCAGGGUUUCCCAAUGCUUUUACUGUCCUCUCCCCUUUGGCAUUUAAACACUUGUCUUGCUUGCCAGCAUAUUAAUAAUUUAUACACUUCUCUCA